GAUCCGUUCAUGGAGUGGAUCCGUUCAUGGAGUGGAUCCGUUCAUGGAGUGGAUCCGUUCAUGGAGUGGAUCCGUUCAUGGAGUGGUCAACACUGGAUUCUGGCUUGAAUGUCAAUCUGCGCAUGGCACCUAGUACCGGGUCACUCCAGGCACCACCCCAUGGCAUCUACUACCGCACCAGGGGCUGUAACAAGUCGAAUGCUGGCAGGUUCACUUGCGCAAGUACGCCUGGCAGCGGCACCCUAAGAGGUAGGUGCCAUGCGGCCCCGGUUCACAUACCCCCAACUCAAAAUGCUUAAGGCUUUUUACAGCCGAAACUAGUUCAUAAAAAAUACUGUUCGUGCUCUUCAGCUCGAGGUCAAACUCAGAACCGCUGCUCGAGGCCUCACAGCGCACUCAGCCAGGAUCACCCUCCAUCACAUGCACUCUCACCUGCUGUUACACCACUCACCUGCACUCUCACCCCCUGCUAAACCACUCACCCCUCCACCCAUGCACCCAUGCACCCGUGCACCCAUUCAACCACUCAUUCAUUCACCCACUGACCCACUCACCCACUCACCCACUCACCCAUUCACCCACUCACCCACUCACCCAUUCACCCACUCAACCACUCACCCAUUCACCCACUCACCCACUCACCCACUCACCCAUUCACCCACUCACCCACUCACCCAUUCACCCACUCACCCUUUCACCCAUUCACCCGCUUACCCAUUCACCCAUCACCCACUCACCCAUUCACCCACUCACCCACUCACCCAUUCACCCAUUCACCCACUCACCCACUCACCCAUUCACCCAUCACCCACUCACCCACUCACCCAUUCACCCACUCACCCACUCACCCAUCACCCACUCACCCAUUCACCCACUCACCCACUCACCCAUUCACCCAUCACCCACUCACCCACUCACCCAUUCACCCACUCACCCAUUCACCCACUCACCCACUCACCCAUCACCCACUCACCCAUUCACCCCCUCACCCACUCACCCAUUCACCCACUCACACUGAGGACUCUGGCCGUGAGGACUCCGGUCGUGAGGACUCCGGCCGUGAGGACUCCGGUCGUGAGGACUCCGGUCGUAAGGACUCCGCUGUACUCCCCUCGGUACUCCCCUUGGUACUCCCCUCGACCUGCCCCCUGCCGCCCAUAAAUGUGCACCCACCAUCACCCACCAUCACCCACCAUCACCCUCCAUCACCUUUUUUCACCCUCCAUCACCUUUUUUCACCCUCCAUCACCUUUCAUCAUCCACGAUUAGCGUACAUCAUCCUCCAACACCCUCCAUCACUCUCCACCGCCCUCUAUCAUCCUCCAACACCCUCCAUCACUCUCCAUCGCCCUCUAUCAUCCUCCAACACCCUCCAUCACUCUCCAUCGCCCUCUAUCAUCCUCCAACACCCUCCAUCACUCUCCAUCGCCCUCUAUCAUCCUCCAACACCCUCCAUCACUCUCCAUCGCCCUCUAUCAUCCUCCAACACCCUCCAUCACUCUCCAUCGCCCUCUAUCAUCCUCCAACACCCUCCAUCACUCUCCAUCGCCCUCUAUCAUCCUCCAACACCCUCCAUCACUCUCCAUCGCCCUCUAUCAUCCUCCAUCACCCUCCAUAUCGCUCCAUCACCCACCAUCUCUCCCUCUCAAUUCGACAAUUAAAUGUUCAUAUCGGAAGCUUGUGCCAGAAUACCCAGAGCCCUCCCGGCUUCAUUGCGAGCCGGGAGCAGUAUUUCCUCUAGCUAGUAGCGUUGGCUCCGAUUGACUCGUGUCAUCCAUACCACCUGGGAUGUGCUGGCGGAACCUUGCCCAGACAUUUCCGCGCAAUUUUCCUGCGAGGCCCCAUGCCCAUGGGGGAACAGAUCCAAUCCAUCCCAAAUGGUUCGAGCUACAUUUCUAUGUAUUC